AUGAUCAACCACAUGGGCUCUCAAUUGGAAGGGAAUGCACAGGAGUGGUGGACCUCCAAGCUCCGAAUUGACAGGGCACAUGAAGGAAGGCUAUUCAAUGACUGGCACUACUUUACAGAGCGGCUGUCAGAACAAUUCAAUCCCCGGAACGCUAGAAUGGAAGCCUACAACAAGCUAUUGGCUCUCAAACUCACUAGCGAUGCACCCAGUGCUGCCACCCGCCAUGUGGAACGUUUCAGAGACCUGGAGGGACAAGUCAAUCUGGAUGAUAAUGAACUCAUCAUUGACUUGUUCAGAGGCAGUCUCACACAUAGUCUACAAGAAAAGUUUGAACGUAACCCGCCUGCAAAGAGGUGGGGAUGGUACCAAGAGGUCAAAGAUAUCGACUGGCAGAGGAUGCUGCUACAGCAGUCCUCUGCUAGGCACCCAAGCGCUGUUCCUCCACGAUUGAACCCAGGAAUCCGACCAAUGCCACCCAUUCAGAGUUCAUUCCCCGUUCGGCAACUGGCACAAAGAAACUCUGCUCAUAUGCCGGCACCAAUGACGGCAGGUAGCCCAAGCAGGCCAAUCAAUCGGCUGCUACCUCAGCAGUAUGCACCAGGCCCGAAACAAGGAGGCCCCACAGUACCAGGCAAUAGCACUUGCCAUAUCUGCAAAGGCAUCAGACAUUGGGCCAGAGACUGCCCAAGCAAGAAAGCGGACCCUCUGGGGCCACGACCUUUGGGUCCAAGAGUCAUGGUAACCACAGAAGAUCCCUUUGAAGAAGGGGCCACCGACUCAGGGGAUGGGCAUACAGGCAGCGCUGAAAUGAGCGACCCUGAUGACCUAGACUUCAGUCAUUACCAAGUUCCUAAUGAUGCUAAUCAUGAGGAGCCCCAAGAUGACGACAACGAGGGAAACGACAGUGGGGCGAUGCACUGA